CUCCUGUGGUCCACUCCCACCGAAGAGGCUUUCCGUAAUGUGUUUUUAGAUGGUACAUGAUCUCUCAGCAGGCAUCUUACUGUUUUUUUAUUAAAAUAUUUCGGGGGAGAAACUGAACAGAUGGAGGCUCAAGCUUCGGUGAACCAGCCUCCGCCAAAAAAUGGGCCGCAGCAGACUCAAAGGAAGAAUGCCAGGAAAAAGCAGCCGCAGCAUUCUGCUGACAUAGUGUUCACAAAAGGGACAACUAUCCAGACCAUGCCCUCUCUUAGCAAACAGUUGAAGGGAGUCACAGAGUGUGUCAUUGGUCUUCAGUAUGUGUGGGAGUACCGCAGCCCAAGUAAAUCUGUCCCACCACACUACCAGUGCAAACUGUGCGCCGUGUACCGCAUGCAGCAUGAUAUGGUUGCUCAUGUGAAAGGCUGGAAACACAGCUUUAGAUACUUGAAAAAGGCCCACCCUGACAAGGUCCCCUUUGAGGAAGAAGAGGCCAUCAGAGACCCUGUUGUAAGGAAGAACAUUAAAGACAUUGCAGCUGAGGUGGAGAAAACAGAAGGGAGGGGCCAACUCAAGGUGAUCCUGAAGGAGCCCUAUGAAGUAGCUGCUUUCAAAGGACUCCGCUCUGCUGCUCCCAAAGUUAUGCCUCCACCUCCUCCAGGGAUGGGACUUAAGGGACCACCCUUUGGUCCCAGGUUUUCUGACCCAAGGUUUCCAGGGGAGUUUCCUCCUCAUGGCGGUCCUUUCUCUGACUACCCAGUGGAAGAGUAUAGGGAGCCCGGUUUUGGAGGGUACUCGAACAGGCAUGAUUUUCCUGACUCUGGUAUGGAUCUGAGACCUUUCCCAGAUGGUAUGGGCCAUCGCCCCCCUCGGAGUGGAGAUGGUUUCGGCCCUGGUGGUGGAAGAGUUGGCUUUGGAAGGAGUGGACUGCUGAAUGAGAGCACAGGCAGAAUGUAUCCUGACGAGUACAGAGGGGGCCAAAUGGGGAGUAGCUUAAUGGAUAGGCCAAUGGACAAGCCACUGGACAGACCAGGCUUGGUGGGAGCAGCUCCAGAAAGUAGCAACCCUCCUAAUACACUGCUCAGUUACCUGGAUACUUUCCGGAUAGAGAAUGAGAGUGAUGCACAACUGGUGCUGAAGGUGACACAGAAACUAACAGAUGUGCUGAUGGAGUACAGACUGAGGAGUGUAUCAGCGGGUUCUAAUCUGAGCAGCUUGUCAAUGAGCUCUUCAAGUUUCUCCUCUACACCUUCCAGAUUAUCAAAUACUAGUGACCGAUACUUAAGUAGUCUCUCAGGUCCAUCGAGGUACUCUGAUGUUCCACCCAGGUUCUACAAAUGACAGAAGAUCAUGUGACAUCUCCAUCUUCUCAACUCUCUGUCCUACGUGUGCAUGACGUCAAAGAUUUGAAGCCUUUUAUUUUUAUGCUUUUAGGCAUAGUUUUUUUCUGCUACCACCCAGUAGUAUUUUUUUUUUUAUGUUUUGACUUCUUUAGAAAAUGUUAAGUUUUACACAAAAUGACGUAUGUUUCCACCAGCUUUAACUGAUCAGUGUAUGACCACUGUUAAUUUCCUAAGGUCCAGUUCUAUUAAAACUAAUGGAAGAA